AAAAAGCAUCUCAUUUAUUAACAUUUCUUAGUGAAUAUUUAAUCAGAGUGCUAAGCCAUGAUUGAUGAAUAAAUACAUGAAUGUUUUCACACAGAUGUAAGUGUACCAAAUCAGUGCUGUUACCGUUACCAGACACAUCGAAUCCUAUAAACAUUAUAGCGUAUGAAGAAACAGACCCUCGCUGCACAAAUCCUGGAGUCAUUUUGACCCUUUCUGAUCGUCGCCGUGUGUGUGCAAAUCCCAAAGAUGAGUGGGUGCAGGAUAUCAUGAAAACAAUUGACAGCCGCCUGUUGACCUGGGUCAAACCUAAAGAACCUGUUUCUACUCCCGAACCUGUUUCUACUGCCUCACCCGAUAUAGAAUCUACAAGUCCUCCAGCUCAAAAGGAUUACACAGAGAAAUCAGAUGCAUUUAGACCAGUGGAAUGCUGUAGCAGUUACCAGAGAAAUCCAAUCCCUCUAAUAGACAUUACAGCGUACAGAGUAACAGACCCUCACUGCACAAAUCCUGGAGUCAUUUUUACUGUAAAUAGUGGUGUGCAGUGUGCAGAUCCCAAAGAUCAGUGGGUGCAGGAACGCUUGAAAAUAAUUGACAGCCGAAAGUUUACAACCUCAGUCCAACCUAAAGUUCUUCCUCCCUCACCCAUUAGAAACGUGUUUCAACCAGAACCUGUUUCUACUCCCGAACCUGUUUCUACUGCCUCACCCGAUAUAGAAUCUACAAGUCCUCAGGCUCAACAGGAUUACACAGAGGAAUCAGAGUCUGACAAGACAGAUUCUCCUACCGCAUCCAUUAUGGUCCAAAUGGAGCAGAUGUGUAUUGCAUCACAUACCUGAAGAAUCCAAUAACUGUAAAAGUCAUUAAAGUGUAUGAACAUCCAAAAGCUAGAGCCAAAAGUU